CCACCAGCCAUAUAUAGGAACAGCAGGUCGUGAAUAGCACAUAUUCAACUGCCGACCAGUUAUAACGAGUUCUAUCAACUUCUGUGGGGUCAGCAAGGCUCAGGAGACAAAAUACAGUGUCUUACGUCAGAAGCUAUUGGUUGAUUGUUUGCGAAUUAGGAUGGGAACUGACCAAUGGGAGGCCAUGUCUCAAAACGACAAGCAGCAAAAAGUGAUGAUCCGGGAUAAUCAAGCUGUGGAACAAUUCCAAAUAGGCAAGAUAAUGCCAUCUCUCUUAGGGGAGGGGUUUCACCUGCAAGUGACUGUCACCCAAAUGAUGGGGUUGUGUAAGCAUGUCUUCCAAAACACGGUCAAGGGUCAGCAAGUCAUAGGAAGUGCCAAAACCAAGGAGAAUCUUGACCAGUUGUUGCUGACAUUCUGCAUAGACUAUCAGAAGUUCUCGGGAUCUGUCACUCCUGCACUUGUGGAUUUGAUGUCUGGUCAGGUGACGAGAGCCAUGCAGUUAGUCCUGAAGGACAGUCUGGUGAACUACCUAAUGAACGUGGUCCACAAGCACCUGUUUGCUACCAUCACCAACUGCAUGAAGAGCAAUGACUCAAAUCUGAACAAAAAGAACCCUUUCUUGGUGGACACGCGUCUAGAACACCUGCAUGUGCGCGCAGAGUAUGAGGAGAAUUUGCCGGGCUCGCAGAAAGAGCUGUCCAAGCUAAAUGACUUCAGUACGCCUCUCAAACGUCUACAGUGCCUCAAACGUGUCGUGACGCUUUGUACAAGGCUUGUGGAAGCUGCAAAAAGUGACAACACUCUUCAUUUGGCCGCACUAUAUGUCCAAGCAGGACUAAUAGAUAUUUUAUCCAAGAACGGUUGCCUUGCCGAUGCCUCCGAUGUCCUGGGUCGCACUCCACUGCAUAUGGCGGCAUUGAAGGGACAUCAAAACAUCAUUAGUAAGGAGUACAAUGGAUUCCUGUAUGAUGAAAUGCAGGGCGUUGCCCUAGUAAGCUCUACCCUCCUGGCUAUGGACAAGAAACAGAAACCCUUCACUAGACGACCCUGCAUUGCUACGUUAAAGAUCAGCGGUUUUGACUGUGCACUGGUAAGUGAACAUCUGAAGGCAACCGGUCUGGAGAAUGAGGACAUCGGUCGACUGCAGGCAGAGAUUGACAAUAUCCCAAACCUUACAGAGGCCAUUAUGACCGCUCUGCCAGGGGAAAAUGAUAUUAUACUGCUUGGUGACUUCAACCUGUCUACAGAUACCAAAGAUUUUGAUGAUCUUCGAAAUCUAGGCUAUCACAAUUGUAUUGCGGACGGUGUCUUCACAAACAUAAGCGACGCCAACAAAAAAGGCAGCAAGACAUAUGAUAAUAUCUGGAUAUCUAAACAGACAAAACAAGUGUUCACUGGUCAAUGUGACGUCGUGAGAGAGGGCCUGUCCAGUCCCUGGAUCCCUAAGGGCUGGACGUGGGGCGGGGUUGUGAGUGACCACUGUCCAGUGUGGGCCCAGUUCUACACGGGCCGUGACCUUGACACUGGAGACCUGAAGAUCGGACCAGAGGUUAUUAAAUUUGCACUGACUGACUGAUGUUUUGUAAAAGAUUAGAAUAUUACACAUGUUACUCUGGUUAUGUGACAGACAUCACUGAUUUCGAAUUGGUGAUGCAAUUCUUCAAACAGUAAAUAGUGAAAAUAUUCCACACUUUUCAUUAUGUUAUUGCUGUGAAAAUCGCCAUUUAAACUACUUUAAAAUGGAAGCCAAUAAUAAACUUACAAGACACAAUUAACCAGCGAUUGAACAUUUUUGUAUUUUAAUAUCAGAAAUAUUCUCUUGGUCAAAUGUUAACAAUUUAUUUAGCAAAUUUGUUCAACAUGUUAUGGUACAUGAAGUUUGGAGAUGUUGAUGUUAUUUUAUGUUUUGAUGUACUGCUGAUUUCACAUUAGGUGUACCAUUCUUGGGAAUGUGGAAAAUAGUGAAUGCCACUUUUGUUUUUAAGUAGAUUUUGUGUUCCUUGUUAUAGUAAAACUCUCAAUUCACAACAUAUGAACCAAUAAACCAUCUUUAAUUACUUGCACAUGAAUGUCUACGGUAAUUAUAAUUGUUAUAAGUUUUGCUUUAAUGUCAGAAAUAUUUUGUAUAAUUCUUAUUUCAAUGUAGCUUACAAAACCAAUUAGCUUGUGUUGAUAUGUUUGAAUACACAAAACAAAUUAUAUUUAUUAUAUUAUCAAAAUUUGAUAAGGUUUUGUUGUUUUAACUUUGAUAUUGCAUUUCUGCUGAAUUUCACUAGUUUGUAUUAUUACUUGCUUCAUUUUAAUAAUUUAAUGAUCAAAAUAUUUUAUGAUAGCAUUUUUAUGUCCCCCACUAUAGUAGUGGGGGACAUAUUGUUUUUGCCCUGUCUGUUGGUCUGUUUGGCCAACUUUAACAUUUUGCAAUAACUUUUGUUAUAUUGAAGAUAGGAACUUCAUAUUUGGCAUGCAUGUGUAUCUCAUGAAGCUGCACAUUUUGAGUGGUGAAAAUUCAAGGUCAAGGUCAUCCUUCAAGGUCACGGGUCAAAUAUAUGUGGCCAAAAUCGCUCAUUUUAUGAAUACUUUUGCAAUAUUGAAGAUAGCAACUUGAUAUUUGGCAUGCAUGUGUAUCUCAUGGAGCUGCACAUUUUGAGUGGUGAAAGGUCAAGGUCAUCCUUCAAGGUCAGAGGUCAAAUAUAUGUGGCCAAAAUCGCUUAUUUUAUAAAUACUUUUGCAAUAUUGAAGAUAGCAACUUGAUAUUUGGCAUGCAUGUGCAUCUCAUGGAGCUGCACAUUUUGAGUGGUAAAAGUUCAAGGUCAUCCUUCAAGGUCAGAGGUCAAAUAUAUGUGGCCCAAAUCACUUAUUUUAUUAAUACUUUUGCAAUAUUGAAGAUAGCAACUUGAUAUUUGGCAUGCAUGUGUAUCUCCAUGGAGCUGCACAUUUUGAGUGGUGAAAGGUCAAUUUCAUCCUUCACAAGGUCAAUGUCAUCCUUAAAGGUCAAACGUCAUAUAGGGGGACAUUGUGUUUCACAAACACAUCUUGUUCGAUUGUGCAUUGUGAAGUUUCAAUUUUAUGCAGUGCAGUGUAGAGCGGAAAAUGCAAUUUUUUUUAAGAAGCACCCAUUAAAUGCAUAAUUGUCAUUCAUUUAUUUUAUCCUGUGUAUUUAAUAUUUAUAAAUGAUAUUAUGUCUAAUUGAAAUCUGUAAUAAUAUAUAUAUAUAGUUCCCUGUAUGAAUUUGUUAUAGAUUAAAAUGAAAUGUUUUGUUUCAUUUGGGAAUAUUUCAUAGACUACCAUGUUUUUGUCUGUUUAAAUUAAUUGUAUACAUUGUUGUAUUUUGAACAAUAUUAACAUUAGUAUUAAAUGAGCGUCUAGCAAUAGCCAAAAGUAUGUAUCGGGAUAAACUUAUUUUAUUUGGGUUCAUUUACAUUCAAGUAGAAUGCUUUUUUUAAGGUGUUUAUUAUUAGUAUAUACCGUAGGACUUUAAGAUAAUAUUAUUUUCAAUAAUGUAGUUGUAUUUUGCUUUUGUUAAUUAUUGCUAAAUAAAAAUUAGAGUUUGAUAUAGAUAAUACUGGGAAAAUGCUACAUAUAUAUGCCUAACAGAAUGUGUCCUGCAUUUAGAAAGUGACUUCAUAUAAACAUACUUGAGCUGUGAUUUGGAAGAAUAUGUAUUCAAUACAUGUGCAUAUAGGAUUGUCCCAGAUGAGUCUAUGAGCGCUAAUAAGGGACGACAGUUUCUCUUGAUUUAUUAAAUUUCAGUCUUCAGAAGUAAAGUAGGGGCCAUUCGUUAUAGGUCAAUAUUUAUGCAUCUAUUACUUGAGAAUAAGCAGCAACAGUUUAUGUUCUUUGAUCAAUUACUUAUGAUUGGAUUGAGAUAAUGUGCUGAAGAUUUGUGGAAGUGUAUACCCAGCUUACAUACCCUACCUGGAUUCCAUUUCGAGCCAGUUGGGUUAAAGUCUAUGUCACUAUUAUUAAAAUUAGACAAACUACACUCAGUAACACCGCUUUUAUAUUAGGGUAUUGUUCCUAAAUUGUAUGAAUUGUUAGCUCACCGCUUUUAUAUUAGGGUAUUGUUCCUAAAUUGUGUGAACUGUUAGCUCACCGCUUUUAUAUUAGGGUAUUGUUCCUAAAUUGUAUGAAUUGUUAGCUCACCGCUUUUAUAUUAGGGUAUUGUUCCUAAAUUGUAUGAAUUGUUAGCUCACCGCUUUUA